AUGCGCUGGUGGGUCUCAAGCCUAGACCUCGCUUCGACUGCCAAGUACAACCUGGCAGCACGUUGGCUCUUGCGUCAGACUGGCAUAGUGCGUCAGCGAGGGGAAGAGUUUAACCCUGAGGACUUGGCUUACAAGCCUGCGGAAAUGGGCAUUGACCCGACCACCAACGAUGAGAUCGAGAUCACUCCUCCCGACUACUUGCAUGGCUUGAACAAGCUGCUUGACGCCCUUGAGUCGAUCAAUGGCCAGACGGUUUUGGACAAGCGUGGUGAACUGCGAAGCCAAUUUUAUUUGGAACUUCAACGAAAGCCUGGGGAACGGUUGAGUGAGUUCUGCACUCGGUUCAGGACACUUGUUGCUGACCUCCAAGCUGAACAAGUUCACUUGCCGGCCUCUGAACUCGGUUGGUUCCUCAAGAACAAGAUUGGCCUUGAUCCUCUUCGUCGCCAGUUGCUUGAGACGGCGCUUCAAGGCCGAGAGGAAUACAAUGUGAUCGAGGCCGAAGUUCUCCGACUCUUCAAAGACCUGCAUUUGGCUGAUCCUCUUCACCGGAAGUUUGGCCAAGGUGGUGACAAGCCGAGGUUGUCGAUUCGUCGGAUGUUUCAGUCGGUUGGUCCUUCGUCUUCCGCUUCGUCCUCUGCUUCGACCAUUAGUAGAAGUCCCUCCAUGUUUUCCUCAGCGUCCUCCUUUCGGAGACCUUCGACGGCCAGUGUCAGCAGUGCCCCAACUCGGAAGGUCUAUAUGGCUGAAGUGCCUGAAGAGGGCCAUGAGGAUGGACCUGUUGAAGAAGUCUUGGAAGCCUCAGCUGAGACUGCUGAGGAUGUGGAAGAGCCAGGACUUGUGGACUUCCUCCAGUCUGAAGCAGAAUGCCUUGCCACGGAACUUCAGGCUGCUGAAGAACAGGGUGCCGAUCCAGACUUGUUGCAAAGCGUGGAGGCCGAUUUUGAACAGGCAGCAGAGGCAUUAGUCACAAUGAAAGAGGCUCGCUCCAAACUCCAAGAGCUUCGAAAAGACCGAGGCUUCGGUAAGCCUUCGCCAGGAGGCCCAGCUGGAGGUGCGAAGAAUGCUGGAGUGCCAGCAGCAAGGAAAGCGUCAGGUCGCCACCCAUGCUUUGACUGCAACCAGCAUGGUCACUGGGCAGGCGACAAAGAGUGCCCAAAGCCAGGAGCAGGACUUGGGCGCAAGCCGUUGGCUGUGGCAAAAGCAAAGCCGCGGCAAGUGCGAGUGACUGAAGCGCUUCAUGCAGAGCAUGAUCCCAGCACUGUUUUGGUUGGUACUUCAUCCUCCUCACCUCCAUCGGCAUCACUCCCGGUUGACCCCAAGGUUCAUGAAGCCUCCAUGGUAAACCAUGUAGGGUCUCUUCGUUUGGACCAAGCUCUGGACUUCACCAUCAACAACCACCGGGUUUCUCACGCAGCCUUGAUCGCUGGUUCGCCGCCCGCCUCUCAGGUGCUGUCAGAAGAGAAGAUUCUGGUGGGCGCCUUGGACUCGGCCUGCAACCGUACGUGUUGCGGUGAGUUUUGGUUGGACACUUAUGUAGAGCAUCUGAAGUCCUCUGCACCCGCUUGGAUCACCAAUCUGAUUGUGAAUGUCGAUGAGACCGAGCUGGACCUGGCACAAAUGUCAGCUGGGCACUUCAUGUUGCCCCUGCAGCCGAUCAGCGGCAUGGCGACUCCGGCAGACACUCCGUACGAGCUGAUUCCAUUGACGCCCAGCUUGAUUGCUCAGUACACGGAGCAUGUGGGAAGUCGAGCCUUCGUACCAUACCGGUGGAGAAGGUUCGUCCUUCGCACGUUGGGUCGUGCCUUCUGGCACGCACGAAGCUUGCUGCUUUGGUUGGCGCCGCGCUCACAUUUGCGGUACUUGCCUUUUCCUUACCCUGCCAUUUCGUCUGUGACCGAUUGGAAGCUGCAAGCGCAGACCAUGGUGGACAACCACUCGAUGAGCCGCCGUCACCACUACUAUGCCACCAACCGGAACCUCUACACGGCGGAGCACUUGCAGGAGCUAUCCCGUUUCCGGGAUCGAGUUGGGUGGAAGUUUGCCUUCCUGGAGGAUAUGAUUCUUCAGACUUUCCUCUUGACUCGGCAGAUGAAAGGGCAUGGUCAACGGGUGAAGCAAGCUGCAUUGGACGAAGCCCGAGAGCGAGCCCGCCAGGAGACAGCAGUUCAGGAUCGAGAGAUUUUGGCCCGUCAGAUGAUCGGUCCUCGUGGUGGACUACCACCUCUCCGAGCCGACCUUGUUCGUUUGGCCUUGCUGUUGAAUGUCGAGGUCGAUGCGAAGGACACGAUUGCCAAUUUGCAGAAGAAGAUUCGGCCGAUUGUGGACAUUCUCAAGCAAAAAACCCACUCCGGCGAGCAGUUCAACCUUGAAGCAUCAGACGGUCCCUUCCACUCCUCCGGGACGAUCUGGUGUAUCAACAUGGUCGAGUCCUCCGAGUACAGCGUGGGCCCAAGUGGACCGAAUGACUCCACCUCUGACUCCAGAGCAGCGAGCCGACAUGGGCUCCAACAUUGGACAGGAACUCCAUGCCAUGGAGCUGAAGGUGCAAGCGCUGAUGAAGGCCCAGGACGAGCGCUUCAAUGCGAUGAUGCAAACCGUCCUCCAGGCCGUGCAGAACCAGCAGAGUGGAGCCUCCGUGGAUGCCAAGAUCGAGAUUGUGGACUCGGAUUGAGCAAUGCGUCUCAAUUUCAUGUGGAAAGGAAGAAUUUGAAACCUGGCUUGCGGCAAAUGAUCUCCCAGGCUUGGGAGCAGCACAGGCGUGACCAGAAAGCUGUUUCCGUUUCCUCCAAAGAUGUUCAGGAGAUUUUCAUGGCUACUUGGGAGACGGUCAUGCGAGCCUACAUGAACGAGACCUUCUUUUUGGAGUUCACAUUUCCUCAUACCCUGGCUACUGAAGUGUUUACGGACACUGAACCUGUGGCUCGUGCAAUUCGACGACGUGGACUUCACGCUGGAGACAGUCUGACCCUGAGUUCAGGUUGGGAUCUUCGUUUGCAGGAAGACCAGAUUGCUGCUUUUGAAGUCUUGAAGAGAACAAAACCCUAUGUUGUUGUUCUGGCAUUUCCUUGCGGCCCUUGGUCUUCACUUCAGUUCCUGAACCCAGCCGCCAAUUUGGCUGGGAUGCGAGAAGAGGCAUUGAGUUUGAUAGCUUUCGCAAUUCGUGUGGCAGAGUUUCAAGUGGCCCACGGCCGGCACUAUGUCAUGGAGAACCCUCGGAACUCGAUGGCUUGGCGCCUUCCUACUUUGCAGGACUUUGUGCUUCGCACUCAUGCAUUGGAGGUGGUCUUGGACAUGUGUUGUUUCAAUUUACGCAGUGGUGAGCAGCAGAUGGUGACCGGGAAGAACACCCGAUCUCAAGGCGAUGUGUUGGCUGAGUUCGGCAACCACUUAGCUGAGCACUCACUCUUGGAGGUGACUCCCUCCAUGGCCAAGCAGGUGGCGAUGCGUGAGACAGCCAGA